GACUCGAAAUUGCGCUCGCAUAGCGAUUCGUUUGCGAGUCGGAGCGCUACACGCUAUACAGAUCCCACCACGUACGCUAUAUCGAUAUAAGUGUCAGGGGUCGCGAGGCAUCACGUGUCGGCGAGAGUCUACUUUACGCGCUGCCCGAGGCCAGCAACGCGACAGUCACUCGCCGAUCGUCUCACCGAUCUCUCCCCCUUUCGUGCACACUAUACAGCCUGUGUCAAGGGAUCUCGCGAGUCUCUCGAUCGUAAAAGUGCUUGUGUCGCCGGUGUCGUCGCGGCUUGUAUGGACUGCGCGACACUAUCGGCGUUAUCGGUAUAUAUCUGUGAUUAUUCUGUGCACCUCCUCGACCACUGCUUUCCAAGAUGAACAAGAACCAGCUGCAGUCGGACUUUCUGCCGGCGGAGAACUCGGACAAGGAGAGGGACAGCUUCAAGGCGAAGAUCGUCAGGCAGAAGCUGAGGACCGAUGGCUCCGACUACAUACUCAAUCAGAACCGCUACAGGAGUACCAUCUACGAGGAGGCCUUUCGCAAGUCCAUCGAGAACCCCGAGGAAUUCUGGGCGGAAAUAGGCCAGUGCAUCGAGUGGAGCAGACCCUGGGACCGUGUGCUCGACAACUCCAACGAGCCGUUCACCAAAUGGUACGUGGGCGGAGAGACGAACGCCUGUUACAACGCAGUGGACCGUCACGUGGCAGCUGGCCUGGGCUCGAAAACGGCACUGAUACACGACAGUCCGAUGACGGAGACGGUGCGUCGGGUCAGCUACGCGGAGCUUCUCGACCGCACGUCACGGUUGGCCGGUGCUCUGGCCGAAUUGGGAGUUAGCAGGGGGGACAGGGUGCUGAUCUACAUGCCGCUGAUUCCUGAGACGAUAGUCGCGAUUCUCGCCACCGCCAGGCUCGGGGCUGUGCACUCGGUCGUAUUCGGAGGCUUCGCGGCCAAGGAACUUGCGACGAGGAUCGAUCACGCCGAGCCGAAGGUCAUAGUCGCCGCCAGCUGCGGCCUCGAGCCUGGCAAAGUGGUAAAGUACACGGACAUGCUGAACGACGCGAUGAAUCUGAUCUCGGUGGCGGCGCCCCACUGCGUGGUCUAUCAGCGCAGGCACAUCUGGGAGGCGCCGCUGCUCGAGUCCCAGCUCGACUGGGACGAUCUGCUGGAACACGCCGAGCCGCAUCCCUGCGUGCCCGUCGAAGCCAAUCAGCCGCUCUACAUUCUCUACACGUCCGGAACCACAGAUAAGCCAAAGGGUAUCCAGCGGCCGAUAGGCGGCCACAUAGCGACCCUCUGCUGGACGAUGAAUGCGAUCUACGGCAUGGACAAGAACUCGGUCUGGUGGGUAGCCUCGGACCUCGGCUGGGUCGUCGGUCUCUCCUACAUCUGUUACGGCCCUCUGCUCUACGGCGCCACGAGCGUCAUGUACGAGGGCAAACCCGACAGGACCCCCGACGCGGGACAGUACUUCAGGAUCAUAGACGAGCACAAAGUCAACGCGCUCUUCACCGUCCCCACGGCUUUCCGCGUUCUGAGGCGAGCUGAUCCGGAGACGCAUCUGGGAAGAAAAUACUCGACGAAAUCCUUGAGGACGAUCUUCGUGGCGGGGGAGCACUGCGACUACGAGGCGAAGGCCUGGGCGGAGAAGGUGUUCAAGGUGCCGAUUCUGAACCACUGGUGGCAGACCGAGACCGGACACGCCAUCACCGCGACCUGUCUCGGACUGGGCCACACCACCAGUCCGCCAAAGUACAGCACUGGAAUGCCCUUCCCGGGAUACUACGUCGAGGUGCUGAGGGAAGACGGAAGCAAGGCGGAACCGCACGAACUCGGCAGGAUCGCCGUGAGGCUACCUCUGCCACCGGGAACCAUGUCCACGUUGUACCACGCGCCGGGCAGGUUCAAGGAGAUCUACUUCUCCAAGUAUCCGGGAUACUACGACACGAUGGACGCCGGCUACAUCGACGAGUACGGCUACGUGUUCGUGACGGCGCGCGACGACGACGUGAUCAACGUGGCCGGUCACCGGCUCUCAACCUCCGCCCUCGAGGACGUCGUCCUUGGACACCCGGAAGUCGUCGACGCUGCCGUCGUUGGCGUACCGGAACACACCAAGGGAGAGAUCCCGCUCUGCCUCUACGUCAUGCGAGACCACUCGAGGAAGAGCGAGCAGGAGAUCAACACAGAGCUGAUCGCCCGAGUGCGGGAGCUCAUAGGCCCGAUCGCUGCGUUCAAAGUCGCCGCGUCGGUCAAAGCACUGCCCAGGACACGCUCCGGCAAGACCUGCCGGAAAUCCAUCGCGGACCUCGCGCGCUCGAAGCACGUCCAGAUCCCGAGCACGAUCGACGACCCAACCGUCUACAGGGACAUCAAGCAGGUGCUGCAGAAGCUCGGCUUCGCGAGAAUGGCACCGGAUCCCCAGUAGAGAGACUUGCAUAAACUAGACUAAUUUAGCCAACAUCACCGAUAAACUUGAAGCUCUCUAUGUGCUGGCACAUACGCACACGUCUCAUCGGCGAACCCGCGAGUGAAGGAAGAAAGAACACGAUCUUAUGUAUUUUUUUCUGAGAAAAAAAGUUGAUAUUCUUACGAUCUUCGUCGGAUACACUAGAGUCAUUUGUAUAAUCAUACGUCAAAUAACAAAUAUACAGGCCGCGCGCACUUGACGCUCAGUAUUUCCUCCUCUUCUUCUUUCUUCCUUUCUUCGUCGUCGGCGCCUCUUCCGGCUCGAUUUCUUGCUCGUCCUUCCGCUUCUGAGGGAUCUCCUCGGACAGCUCCAUCGGCUCCUCGGCCGGCUUGUCAGCGGCUGUACCCUCACUGCUCGAAGGAAUACUGAAGCCCGGAAUCUGUGGAGAAGAACGACGUUUCAUAAGAGUGUACACGCUAACUCCUAUUGUUAAUUGUUAAUUGUUAUUAUUAUUAUUAUUAUUAUUAUUAAAUAUAUACAUGUAGAACGGUGCGCGCAUAUUGAUACAUAUGUAUAUGAUAUUUUAUAAUUUAUUAAGCGAAUUGUUGAACUUCAGAGUUAUUGAAUAAACAAGAUUGUGAAUUUCAGUA